CGAUACGCGAUAAUGGCCGGUACCGGAGCGUUAUUGUUUAAAUUAAAAUUUUAAAUUACUACUUAAUUGUAUUCUUUGAUUAUCAGUUAAUGCUUGGUUACCUCUAGAAGUAGUGUAUAGUGUUCUACUUCUGUGUUGUUAAGUGGCUCUGGCUACUGCCGUACUGCCCAUUUACUACUUACUACCUACAAGUAAUAAUGGGCCCAAAACAACUUACUAGUGAUGAAGUGCCCGGCAAGUUUGUUGAGUGGCUAUUGUCAAUGGGAUGUCCUGCUGAAAAGGUCCCGACUUUGGAAGCUAUUUCCGAGAUGUGCAAAGGCCAAUACUAUAUGGUUUGGAGGAGUUUGAUGGAGCGUGUGCAGUCCAAGCAUAUUAUACGAGAAAAAAAGCUCCAGGUAUUCUGUGACGACAUCAGAUUGUGUAAGCAGCGGAGUCCGUUCAGUGAGAAAAACAGUGCAGUUAUUGAACCACUGCAGCUAACUGUGUGGAACCAGCAAACAGAACUAAAAAAGAAUGUCGCUAAUGCUGAGAAGAGACUGAACGAAGCGCACAAGGAUUUGAACGUGUUAAUUGAUAAAGUGUCAGUUCGAUUGGCCCAAAAGAACAUGUUUUCUCAACGAAUACAGGAUUUAAAGAGACGUGUCUGGGUACUGCGGCAUUUGAAGUUGGAAAUAAAAAUAAAGAAGGCGCAUGUCGACGAAGCAAAAGAUGUGGCUAAUAAACUAACCGAGAGCUAUCAUGCGGAUGAUGUUCAGAGUAAAAUAGAUAAAUGCGUUGCACUUAUGUCUAAGACGCAACCCAUUUAUAUAGAUGGAAAGACUUCACCAGUGUUUGACAUGCAACCUGAAGCAGUUAAUGCCCUAUCGGACUUGGUGAAGUGUCAUGGUUACCUUGUAUGGCCCAAGUUGAUGGAGAUGCGGUCUAAAUUGGUUGCUUCAAUGGCCGCAACAAACUCCGCUUUUAGGCCGAGGCCUAUAAGGAGACCCUACAAAGCGAUCGUGGCUGACACAGCUGCCCUGCACUCCAACUUAGCACUGGAGAUAGUGAAGGAUAGGACCCACAUCAAGCAGACCCGGAAGAAAAUCCAAGCUGCUAUCCGAUCUCAUAAUGCUUCAUUAUCCGGUGAGGCUUGCGAGUUGUUCGUGCUGCAGUGUGAAAGAGCCCGUGCCGAAGCUAAAGUUAGGACACUUAGAUCGUUGCUAGAAGAACUCCGGGCGGCGACAGGACCUUUUCAGUGCAACGGUGAAGAAUCGCCGGCCAGUAAUGCUGACAUGCUAAUGAGAGUCUCCUCGGCAGAUAGAGAAAUCGCUUGUUUAAAAGACGACGUUGAGAACACAGUGAAAUCAUUGGCUCAGAUAGAGUGCAAUUUGUACAACAUGAAGGACUGUCUUGAAUUAGCUUUCAAGGGCUCUCCUCACGAUGAUGUAAUCAGUAUUGGACGGUACAAAGAUGUGCCGGUGAACGUCAUACGGAGUAUCAUUUCUUCUCAUCGCAAAUUCUACGCAGAUGGUGCCCGUAAUAAAAACAGUAUCAGUCUAGAACUGAACACAUCUGACGAACUUCUUCGUUCUGGUACUCCAUGGCGUUUAGAGCAAGCCGUAGUCUCUAAAACUGACUAUUAAUUAUAAUCCAGCGGAUUAAGAUCGGGACUAGACGACGGCAACUCUUCAGCUCUGAUGAAGUCCGAAACGUUCGUUUCCAUCCAGCACUGCGUAGACCGAGCUUUAAGACCCGGCGCCGUGUGUUGCUGGAAGGACCAUUCUUGGUUAUUGAACAUAGUGUUGUUAAGGGGCUUCACUACCUUCUCAAGAAUGGCAUCUUGAUACACUUGUGCCGAUGUUUUGAUACCUUUUUCACGUAAAUAUGGCUCAGUCACUCCUUCAUUGCAAAUAAUAACCCACCAAACCGUCACUGAAGUCGGAUAGUGCCCACGUUGCACUCUGUCGACUAAUUGGGCAGCUGCCUUGAGCAUAAAUACAUGUCAGGUCAUUUUGUUUGUUAAAAUGUUGUUUAAUCGUAAAAAUAUUGUCCAUUCGUAAACAGUUUUUUUCUGUGACCUCCCUUUGCGUACCUACCGCUUCAGUAGUUGUUUCGAUUUUACCAUGCUAUUCUUAUUUAAAUUAUCAGUUAAGAAAUGACCAGUACGUCUCUUAUAGGCUGCAAGUCCUAAGUCAUCUUUUAAAAUACGCGACAUGGUUCUAGGUGCUAUCUUCAUCUCCCGAGAUAAGGUAAAUCUUUUGCUUUCGGACAAGAUUUCUUCGAAUUCUUAACCUUACUGCUUUGCCCACCUUUUUCGUACGAACACUACGUGGACGGCCAGAUCUUUUUCUGUCACAAACAGAGGAGGUCUCAUUGUAUCUAUUAAAAGGUACACAAACAUUUUACUAAUACCAAGCAUAUGGAGAGUUUUAAAAAUUGCAUUUGGCUUUAUACCUACUUUGUGUAAUGCAAUCACAGCGAUUUGGUUCUCUUUAUCACCUCACUGCAUUUUAAUAUCGCAAAAUAUUGUACAAUUAAAUGAGAAAACUCAAUGAACAAUCAUAUAAAAAUGACAGAUUCCAAAUUCAAAUAAAAAAUUUUGAUUAUUUUUAAUGGU